AUGACUCAAAUAGGACUUCUUCCAAUGGGCAUUAUUUACUUUUUAGGGAAAUGUGACUGGUGUCUAUUUCAGCCUUCUCUAAGAGCAUUCAAGUCAUCCUUUUUUCUAUUCAAGUUCAAGUCAGAGCAUUUGGAAUUAGAUUAGAUAUGUUGAGAGCAGUAUGUUGGUUUUAAAAUUAACUGACAUCUUAGAGAUUUGUGUGAGGCUGUUCUACUUGUUUAUUUCCCUCUUUCGGCUCCCAUAUGGCCAUUUCUUCUCUCCCAAGAUCAUGAAUUGUCAUAUCUUACGCCAUCUCGAGAACAGGAAUGAAGUGCACAGGGAAGCUAUAAAUGUUUGUAAGGAUAUCUUGCAGCAGAAGGAUGUGGAUUGGGAACCUGUAUUACGCAAUGAUCUAUCUGAGCCAAUUAGCAACGUAGAUCUUGUCGUUACGGUUGGUGGUGAUGGCACUCUUUUGCGGGCUAGCCAUUUCUUGGAUGAGUCCAUUCCUGUUCUCGGAGUAAAUUCUGAUCCUACACAAGUGGAUGAGGUAGAAGAGUUCAGCAAUGAGUUUGAUGCUUCAAGAAGCACAGGCCAUCUCUGUGCUGCCACUGUCAAUAACUUUGAGCAAGUAUUAGACAGCAUCCUCAGUGGUGAGGCAGUUCCUUCCAAGUUGUCAAGGAUAUCUUUAUCUGUAAAUUCGGAGCUGCUCACAAAAUAUCCUCUUAACGAUGUACUAAUUGCACAUCCGUGUCCUGCGUCGGUCUCUCGAUUCUCGUUCAAAAUUAGGAAUGAGCAGUCUUGUUCGCCUUUAUUGAACUGUCGAUCGAGUGGUCUAAGAAUUUCGACUGCUGCUGGAUCAACAGCUGCAAUGCUAUCUGCAGGUGGAUUUCCUAUGCCUAUUCUAUCUCGAAAGCUUCAGUACAUGGUACGAGAGCCCAUCGCCCCAGGAAAACUGUCCAGUUUUAUGCACGAGACGAUAUUGCCUGAUCAAUCGAUUGAAAUGGCAUGGCUUUGUAACGAGGGUGUAAUUUACAUUGAUGGUUCUCAUAUUUGUCAUCCUAUUGAAUAUGGUGACAUUGUUGAAAUAUCCUCCAAGGCUCCGAGUCUCAGAGUUUUCUUGCCGCAUCUAAUGAUGCACACGGUGAGGGCAGGAGAAACAGGAGAAACUUCAGAGCAUCAGACAUAUCCAAAAUUGUAGAUAACUGCAUAUAUGUAGAUGAGUCGGCAACAGAAGUGUUUUGAGAAAAUGAUUGAGCAUGAAGUUUAGGUUAUAUUUCUAACUCAAGAUUGUGAAUCAACUUGUGAGAUCAUCAACAACACUCAUCUGAUGGACAAAGUGAGGCAUUUUUUUUCACUUUUAUGUAUAUAUAGAAUUAGUGAGUAUUGAAAGGUCGAUGAUGUCUCAAUUUUGUGGAAAUAUCAAUGAUGGAUAUUUCUUUAAAAAAAAAUUAUAAACCCAAAUUUUCUAAAA